CGCGUCUCCCUGAAUUGAUCUCGACAUCGACACAAGCUUGGUUCACGUCAAAUUGUCCGACUCAACAUUGUCCAACCCAUUUCCCAACGCCAGACCGGUUCUAUCGACGCUACCAAAAUCACCACCAUGUCAUAUUACGACAUCGAUGCGAUCCUAACCGACGCAGAGAAAAUCCCCUGCACCUUCCAAAUCGACGUCCCCGACCUCGGCUAUCUCGACAACCAACCGGGGCACACCCUCAAGUCUGGCUCGCGCGUCGCCCUCCCCAUCUGGCUGGCCGAGAUGCUCGCCAUCGCCAACACCGGCGCCGUCGACAUGGACGACCCAUCACAGUCCAGCAAAUCCUUCAUCACCUUCGACCUGCCCCCGGCACUGGGUAACGACGUCGUCCAAGCUUUGAAAGCCGACCCGCGCUCCGUGCCGCUGCGCGAUCAGAGCGCCCACUUCUACGCGCUCGCCACGCACAUGAUGGAGUUGUCGGAGGAGCCGGAGCUGAGCGCGGUGUUAAGGAAGACGUUUGUCUCGAGGGCGGCGGAGAUUGCGUUGCAUGCUAGGAAGGUGGGUGGGGGCGGGAGCUCGUAUCAUGGAAGAGAUGGAGGAGGAGGAGCAGGAGGAAAGGGGAAGGGAAAGGCGGCGAAGGAGGACAAUGCCAGUAAUUUGGGCGUGGGAGGCGCGGGAGAGGACUUUUUGAGGGGGUUGGAUGAGUGGGAGAGGAAGUUGUUUAGGAGUGCACAUGAUGGGACGAAGGCGAGUAAGGAGUGGAUGGAGAAUGUCAAGAAGAGGUGAGUGGUGGUGGUGCUGUUGGAGCGUUGUUGCUACCGCUGGCGCCUGAUCGGUGUUUACCUCGCGACGAGCCAGCGCUUCGAUUCGAGCAUCCUCCAUGAUACUCAGACUGCGUUCGAUGCAGUGUAUUACAACAGGUCACCGGCGACAUCCCAAGCUCCUUUACGAUGGCUCGAAGCUAUGGAUCGGUCAACAUCACAGCUCGAGAGCAUCGGGAUACCACGGAGUCAUUGGUCAAGUUACCCCUCCCAUGAAAGUAGGGCGGACUUGGACUGUUAUAGCUGGAAGAGUGU